CAUUACAUACAUUACAUGGCACCAAGUAGCAGCAGUUAGCCACUUCAACAAGUAAAGCCACGUGUCCAUCAGGAAACUUCAUGAAUGCAAUCAGAUGAAAGAGGGGAAAUUCUCCCCUAAUUAUAACAAUUAGCAUCAGGGUUUUCCUGUCUACGAUCUCAUUUAGCUUCAGUUCAGUCUUUACCGAAUGCGCCUCUGGAUACCCAACGUCUUAGGAACACAUAACUCAGGUCCACUGCUUGAUAAACAAAAGUUUAUGUGUAAACAAAAAACAAAACCCAUAUUCUCACAGGCCGACAUAUCCGUCUUGUCCUCUGUGUGUGUGCUAGUGAACUGGAGGAAUUAAAAUGCAGGGCAUGAUUAGCCAACUAGCACCAGCUGUCUUAGUCAUCUCACCUGGUACUUAUCUUUUCAUAAAAUGCAUUAUGAUGGUGUACUUUGGUGUUUUAUACUGCAGUAUUUUGACAUUUAUAGUUGUUUCCAGAAGUGUUAUGUUGACUCCCAGUUGUGCUAUGAAAAGGCACCUGGGACAACAGAGGCCUAAUAAAAUACUAAAACACUCUAAUACAUAGACAACAGCCUGAGAUGAUAGGCAAUGUCCCAGGACAACAUUCUGAGUCAUCGCUUCCUUAAAAAACACUGAAGUGAUCAGACUGAAUAUAUUUGCAAGCAGACAUUGAAACUGCUUCCUUAGGCAACCAAAGACCAUCUCAGUGAUUGCUUGCUCAGUGAUACUUGCUGCCAAAGUCUUCUCAUGCUCAGACGCACAAUUAAAUUAGGUUUUUGUAAGUAAUUGAACUUUUGGACCUAGUUCCUACCUGCAGCUUAUGCUGCAGAGUUCAGCCUUUCUUUAACUUGGAAAUUAUGUAGACAACAACAUAAUGAAUAAGACAUGAAAAUGUGCAAUACUGUGAUAUCAUAACUGUCAAAUGACAAAAAAACAAAGGUUUUUGAAGCGGAUGAUUGGAAUUCUUGGCAUAGAGCUAAAAUGCUGCACUGGCAUAUGAUUUUACUAUGAUGGCCCACAACCACUUAAUUGCAUGCGUUGCUCCAAUCAGCCCCAUGUAUCUCACAUAGUAAAAAAGUGAAAAAUGAGUGCACAUAGUUUAAUUAUCUAAAAUAGUAAGAGGCCGUCAUCACAGCAAGAGAAUAUUUAUAUAAAUAGUUUUUCUUAUGAAACAUACAGAGAUUACUUCCUUUUAAAGAUUAGUACAUUUUGGGAAAUACACUUUUCCUACAGCCAGCAACUGGUUAACUUAGCUUAGCAUAAAGACUGGAAACAACUAGUCAGGCUGUACCUAAAGGUAACAAUAGUAACAUUCGGUAAAAAGGUAACAAUCAGCACCGCCCUCUAAAGUUAAAGCAUCUCUAAAUCUCAGCUCAGUUAUUAAAUACUUAUAUCUUGUUUUAUCCAUACAAGAACCAAAGUGUAAAAAAUGACAAGUUGCAUCAAGGGGACUUUUUUUUACCGGGGGGCAGUGACUUCCUGGAGCUUUGUCAUCAUCGUUAGGUUGACUGAUGCUGAAAAUUUGCUGAUGGUGGGUUUUUCACUUGCAGCCAUCUAUUGGCACACAGUUAUGAUUAUACUACUAUAUAUUUAUACAGAGACAUCUGAUAUAUCUCCGGAUAUCUUACAGAAAUCUUACAUACUGUUGCUUUAAAAAAAACAAACACAUAAUAAUAUGUUGCCUGCUAUUAAUUUUUUAAGAAAACUGACAAACUAAUGCUGUGAUCUCUAAGGUAAGCACUUAUCAGAUGAAAAUUAAAUUUGUCAGUGCUCUCUGAUGGACUGACGGAUAGAUAUGUAUCUUUGCAUUGCAUAUUCAUGGCUUACUUGUUGACAUUUGCAAUAUGAUGAAAUCAGCUCUAAUGCACAGCCAUCUUUCGUUGGAAGUGCAUUCUUUUUAGCCCUCUUAUCAAGAUGGUUCCUCUCAAAAACCACAGACACACAAAAUCAUUUGCACACAAAAUGAUUGCUGCAUGGUGCUGCAGGAAGGAAAGUCCCUCCCCUCGAUUUUAUGACUCCUGUUUUACAGAAUAGUGGGAGAGGGAGCAGGAGUGAAGGAGUAAGGCUGUAGCAGAGUAGUGGUACACUGGAACCCAGUCUUGUGUAGAGCUUGAACAACAUGCUGAGGACUAACCAUCCGUUUAUUCAUGAGAAAAAGAGAAAAAGUAUAGUACUUUCAGCUAGAGAACAUACAUAGUGGAGGAUGUUUUUGCUGAAGAAAACCCCAAAGUGGAGGCUAAAAGUUUCUACUACCGAUUUUCAUCUUUUUACAAUCUGAGUAAAGGUAAGCAAGACCUGUAAAUAGUAGAAAUGACUUCCUCUCCACGUAUCAAGCCUCGGGAGUAUGCAGACCUGAUGUACAUCUCCAUUGAGACAGCUAUUGCUCUGGCCUCUGUGAUUGGGAAUGUGCUGGUGGUGCUGGUUGUGUGUGCAAACCGGUCUCUCCGUAACACCACCUUUUGCUUCAUCGUGUCUCUGGCCGUGGCUGACAUCGCUGUGGGGGUUUUGGUCAUCCCUUUGGCUAUCAUCAUAAGUCUGGGAUUAAACACUCAGUUCUACACGUGCCUCUUCCUGUCCUGCUUGCUGUUGAUCAUCACCCAGAGCUCUAUCCUUUCUCUGCUGGCUAUUGCUAUCGACAGAUAUCUGCGAGUCAAGAUUCCCACCAGGUACAGCAGCAUAGUGACCCAGAACAGGGCAUAUGUGGCAGUUUGUCUCUGUUGGAUCCUCUCCUUCCUCACCGGGUUGGUUCCAAUGACUGGAUGGAAUAACAUUAAUACUCAGAGAAACCUUAGCAUUUCCAGCGACAUUGUCUGUAGAUUCACCACUGUCAUGAGGAUGGACUACAUGGUGUACUUUAAUUUCUUUGGCUGGGUCGUGGUACCACUGUCCAUAAUGAUCGCACUGUACGCAGAGAUCUUUAGGAUGAUCCGACGACAGCUUAACCGGCGCGCUGAAGCCACUUGUGAUGGAGACAGGUACUUUCAGAAGGAGCUGAGGCUGGCCAAAUCACUGGCCUUGGUGGUCUUUCUCUUUAUUGUGUGCUGGCUCCCAAUACACAUCAUGAACUGCAUAAACUUCUUCUGCCCAAAGUAUGAAGUACCCAAGCCUGCCCUACAUGUAGGCAUUUUCAUGUCUCAUGUCAACUCAGCGCUCAACCCAAUGGUUUAUGCCUUCAGGAUAAAGCAGUUCCGUGCCACGCUGAUACAGAUCACUCGCCGUUGCAUGUUAUGUAAAACCACAGAGCCCACUCAGUGCCCCACCAACACACGAGCCCUGACGGAGAAAGCGACUGUAAACUUGUAACAAGCGCUGCAAUUCUCCUGUACACAUACUUUACAGUGAGAUAGUGCAGCAAUGACAAUCAUGGGACUAUGUGAUAUAUGGAAGAUCAACCCAUUAAACACAUUAGACACAGCAAAGAGCUUCACUGAGUUACACGUUCAUUUUUUAAGAACAUGAGCCUGCAAUCAGAAAAAAAAUUAUAUCACCCAUCUGCCUGCGUUAUUUUGUUCUCACUUAAUACUUCCUUCCUUAAUUGAUUCAUAUUGAAUUAUAAUAUAUAUGUCAACAUCCGGUGAUACAACAAACAUGUCAUGUUCCGAAAGCUUGUUGGUUAAGUCACCCAAAUAAACAUUCAUACCAUCUUCAUUUAAAUUACUAAUGUUACUGUUUACUGAUUUCAUAUUUACUGAUUUCAUAUUUUUAACUAUUUAAAUACAUUUAAAACAAGACUGAGAGUCUGUAUGCAUGCCAUCAGCUGUGUGAUGCUGUAUUUAGGUGCUUUAAGCCAAAUAGUGUUUGUUCAUGUUUACAUGGACAAUGCUGAUACCAAGCAGGUAUAAUGUUUGCCAUCUUAAUUUAGCGCCUUGUCAUGCUAACAGUCGAUGAUUAGCACUAAAUGUGCAUGUAUUUGGUCAAAAAUUAAGUAAUGGACAAAUUGACAUGUUUAUCUCUUGGUAGUGCUAGAGAAAAAGGGAGUAGUCUGUAUCAAAUUUAUUGGCAACCUAUCCUGGAGAUUGAGACUGUUGCUGCUGGUAGAGCUUGAAGAAGAUUCAAAGGACUAACCAUAACACACUUUUCGAGAUAUUUUGAUCUGUUCUAUCCAAAGUGAUGGACCUACUGACCAACAGACAGACUGAUAAUAUAUAUGUAUAUAUAAUGUAUACAGCUAAAAUAAAUAAAUAAAAAAAUAAGAGAAGAUCAAGCACAAAGAACUAUUUUGCAAAUGCUUACAUUGGGUGUCUAGAGAAAAAAGCAGAAGAGUCAGAAGAGAAGGAUUUAUUGAGUAAAAUCAAUAGAGAGUACAGUGUGUUCUGAACUUUUAUGUUCUACAGAAAACCAUUCAAUGUAAAGUGAAAGACCUUGCCCAGAAUGCAAAUGAACAAUAAAGUCACUAAAGCAAAUUAAACAAAACUCUGCCAGCAUCAAAGCCAUCAAGCCAUUAGUCUUUAUCACAGGAAGCAGGGCACCUCUUCAGCUAAUUCAGCUCAUUUAAGCCAUAUUUCAGUAGCUGUGGCAGAGUGUUGAAAACGCUCUGAAGCAUUUGAGUAAAUUGCCCACAGAAUGCUGAAGUGAUUUAUUCCAACCCUGAAGCUAAAGCUGAGUGAGUUUUGCUCCGUCAUCACUUUGACUUCUACCUCGUUUCAUGCACCUUCUACCUGAUCCAUUACUUCCACUUGCUGAGCUUUAUACAUAAUAAAACAUAUCUAAUCUGGUGUAUGUUUGUAUGUGUGUUUAAAUGUUUUAAUCAGUUAGCAUGAGGAUUUUGUGUGCAUGCUGUAGUAAGGACCACAGAGAUAUUUACUUUUCUCAGAUUAUGUCCACCUGUCUGGUAUGCUGUGACCACCUAAGACUUGAAUGGUUGAAAACUUUCACGUGAACAUAUCACAUGAACAUCCGUUUGGCCCUCUGUCACAAACAAUAUCAAUACGUUUUUACCAUCUGUCACCUUCAUCCUUGAUUAGGGAUUUGAAACUGCUGAGUAUAGUCUAAUCCCCGGCCCUUGUCUUAGUGAGGUAGGUGUUGCAUUACCAGCCUCGCAUUUACUGCCUUUGCACCACGCACUGUGGCUGGUGGCCUACUGAACGCUGAGGGGACACAAGCAUGAUUUAGGUGUGGAGACAAUAAGCUAAGAGUCUCCACUUUGUGUGUGCGUCUUAACUUCAUUUUAGAUCAAUCAUCUUUGAGGUAAGACCCUUCACUUUCAUCCUAAAACAGCUGCAACAAAGAUUUGCGAAGAGAGAGAUGCUAUCUGUACUUCUUGUCAUUCUAAUACUUCUGUUAUUUUAAUAUUAUCAGAUAACUUAAGAAAACUUUAAUUUGCAGCAUCAAAUUGUUGUAAAAUGGCAGACACAGACCGAACAGAGGGUGACCAAGACUUGGAAGCUCCAGAGGAAGAUUUGGAUGCAGCCUUCGUACACUUCGGGAAAUACAGCGAAGCUCAGCUGGCACGACCUUGGGAGCAGUGGAGCUUUAAAGAAAAAGCAAACUUUUGUAUGGACCGCAUCUUCCUUGGGGUCUUGGUCAUAUUUCUCUUCAUGUUACUGGCAGAAUUUGGUUAUAAAAUGUCCUUUGUGAUAGACAUGAGGAAAGUUGCAGCGUUUAUGUCAGAUUCAGUGGACUCUCUGUUUGACUGGCUCUUCACCCAGGAGAGACAGGAGGAGUUGCUUGAAUUGUAAGUUGUUAAUAGACCACUUGUUUAGUAUUGUCACUCUCUGAGUGUUUUCUACAAUGUUGUAGGCACAUGUAAAGAUUCAGUUUAUAGCUGAAUCUUAACUAGAGGAUGUAUUACUGAUUCUUGAACAUUCAUUUUUCAUGAGGAAUUAAUAGAAAUAAAUACUGUAUGCAAUGAA